AUGGAUGGGUUCAAGGCCGCGCUCGCCUCUCGCAAGAGCCAACUGUCACAGGUCGAGACGCGAGUCCGGCGAGCUGAUGGACGAGUCCAAGUCGAACGAGUGGCGGUUGACGGUGGCGCUGCGGCGGAGCAGCUCGUGUGCGAUGCUGGAGAGACCAUUCCCGGCUCUGGAGGCGCGUUCAUGGUGGUGGAUACUUCGCCCGAUGAGGAUCUAUGUCCUGUGCUGGCGGGCGAGCUGUUUCUCGGCUCUCAGGAUGCGGCGUGUAAUGUCGAUGGCAUCGCUGCGGCGGGCGUGGCCGUCAUCGUCAACCUGGCUGUCGGCGUCCCGUGCUUCUUUCGCCGCGACGAGGGCGUUGAUGGUGGCAACGAGGACGAGCGGCCGGAGAUCGAGUACGGCGAGUGGCCGUUGCUGGACCUACCGUCGCAGAGCAUCGACGUCAUUGUCGACGAGGUCAUUCCGUUUAUGGCCGCGGCGCUCGAUGCAGGUCGGCCGGUGCUUGUCCAUUGCAACGCAGGCGUGUCGCGGUCGGCAACGGCAGUCCUCGCCUACCUCAUUGUCGAGCGCGGCAUGAGCUACGACGAGGCGAUGGCGAUGGUCCGGGCAGCGCGGCCGGCGAGUAAGCCUAAUGCCGGGUUUGACGCUGCACUCCGGGCGCUCGAUCGUGAGCGCAGGUAGCGGGAGGAAGGGAGAGGGAUGGGCAGGCGGCUUGUGCGUUCACUUGGACAAGCGCUUGGAGAUGUGCUUGGCGCCCGGGUUGGAGGCGGCGGCGAUGGCGUCGGCGUGCGGGGCGAGGUGGUCGGCGAUGACGGAGCCGGUCAGGUCCGACUCGAGGAGCGAGAGGAGGACAAAGUCGGAGCCACGCGAGGUGGCC